AUGUCCCAAUGGUUGCCACCAGCAGGUCAUUUUCCUCCACCACAGCCACCAUACUCGACUUUUCAGGGGCCGCCACCUCCUGUUCCUUCCAAUCAAUAUUUGCCUUCGUAUCAAAGACCCUCUUUACCUCCGCCAUCACAGGCACCCUCGUUAGAUGAUCUAUCUUUAGCGUUUGACAAUCUUGCAAUGGCAUUAAGAUUGACAGCAGGACCGCAAGAAAUUGAUGAUUUUCAAGUAACACUAGGGAUGCUCAUGCAUGAUUGCUCACAAUCAAAUAUUCAGCGAGGCAAAACUUGGAUUUUUAACCAUUGUUCUUCACCAUCUCAUUAUGAAGUUUUAUUAAGAUUUAUAAUUGCUCUUUCAAGAUCCCGGACGGUUUUCGAAGAUAAAUUACACUUGAUAUAUUUGGUCAAUGAUGUACUAUUCCAUAGUGAGCGCCGUCAAGAACCUUGGAUAAAAGAAGCAUUACAUCCAAAUUUGCUUGCAUUACUUCGUUCUGCUUUCCAUUUUAUAGAUGCUAAUGAAAAACAACAGGAAAAAGUUCUCAAAAUUAUAUCUAUAUGGGGUGAUAAGCAUUACUUUGAUGAUGCUAAAAUUAAUGCCUUGAAGUCUGGUGUUAUGGUUCCUCCUCCACCCCCUGGUGGUCCACCAUCGGUCACAUUUCCCGGGAUGGCACCUCCAGGACAUCCCGCUUUUGGGCAUAUUCGCUAUCAAAAUCCUCAGAAUGUUUCACCUUUUUAUAAUCAGGGUGCACCGCCUCCACCGACUAUAUUUCCUGGGGCUCAUUCUCCGGCACAGUCGAUUAUUUCAUCGAGCACACAUUUGUCGCCACCGAUCGCUCAUGGUCAUUUAAGACCUAACUCUGAGCCAGCACCACCAGGCAUCCCUAAUCAGUUUCCUUCCGGUCCUUCACCGCCGGAUAUGUCAAUGCAAGGAAUAGCACCAAGACCUACCGUUUCUGUUACACCACCAAUACCUGCUGUGCCAGAAAAAAAAUAUUAUGAAUUACCAGCAGGAUUAAUGGUACCAGCUGUUUCGCCUGAGGAUCCGCCAUAUACACCAAUUCAUGCUACUUCUAUUAGACUUCCGCCACAUCGACUUCCACCAACACCAGAAUUACUUGACGCAGUUGAUAAAUUUUAUGAAGGAUUGAAAUUCGCCGUGCUGCAGCUGCAGCAAGAGCAGCAGCUGGAAAAUAUUAUCAUCGUCCAUCCUACCGGCGCAAGAGAGACGACCGUGGACGUCGUUGGUCAAGAGAUAGAAGUUAUUCAAGAUCAAGGUCUCGUUCAUGGUCUUCAUCAAGGUCUUAUUCAAGAAAAAGUAGAAGACGUUAUAGUUAUUCUGAUUCAUCAGGUAGUAGUCGUAGUCGCUCAAGAGGUCGCAAGCGUCAUAGACGCAGCAGUAAAAGUCAUACUCGCUCAAGAUCAAGCUCUAGACAUCGGUAUAAGAGUCAUAGCCGAACAAGACAUGAUUGGAGAAGAGCAAAAUCAAAAACAAGAAGGAAGACUAGGUCGCGAUCUUCAAUACGGGAAAGAUCUAGAUCUAGAUCGAUAUCGAUAUCUAGCUCUCGAUCCAGGUCUACAUCUAGGUCAAGAUCAAGAUCCUAUGAACGAAGCCGAAGUAGAAGUUACAGCCGUGAACGAGUUAGACAAAAGUCAAGUGAAUAUGUCUCAACGUCACGCAAAAGUCAUCAAAGUGGAUCGAGGUAUAGGCUACGUUAAGGAACGUGACGAAGGCGCAAGGGCAGAUAAAAUGAUAGCUGAUCACAAUGUUGGAUUCCAAAUGCUUAAAAAACUUGGUUGGGAAGGGGCAGGAACGGGUCUAGGUUCGUCAACAUUAGGUAUUACGGAGCCAAUUAAAGGUGGUGAAGUCAGACUUGGCGAACAAAAAUACUUAGGUGUAGGACAUAACCAAGGUGAUGAGGACGAUAUUUUCGAUCAAUAUCGCAAGGCGAAAAGUUAUACAUAUCAAAGAAGCGAUGUCAAUUCAAAAGAUAAGAAACCAGCUGGAUGCUUUAGAUGCGGGAAGCCGGGUCAUAUUGCAAGAGAAUGUCCAGAUUAA